UGUUUAGCUGUUUUUGCUAGCUGGACUAACUUUAGCCUUGACCUCUUAACCCAUCCCUAACUAAUUAUCUAUAAUAAUCUAUGAUGGCACCAUUGAGACAAAGUUUUGGACUUCAGACAUUUUUACCUAAAUUAAAUGUGUUAAAUACAUUUUUGGGGAAGAGAGCUAAGAGGAGGAGGAGGUUGUGACAGUGAGCAAAGGCAUGCAUGUUGAUAGGCUACUGUGGAUGUAUUUAUAACUUUUAGUAAUACGGUUUAACAGAAAUGAACAUGGAGCCUAAUUCAUAAUGAUGGAGAGAAAAAGGAAAAUGUGCAUCUGAAAUUACAUCAAAGUUUAAAUUUGUAAAUUGCCCUAUAAAUAGCUUAUAUUAGCCUAAAUCAAUAUAAGCUGUGUUUUAGCAAUCUUGCAAAGGUCCUGUCCCAAACACCAAAAUGUUACAAAGAAACGUUUUUUUGUAAGUUUAAACAAAAGGGCAUGCCAGACCUGAUUGGAGUAUCAUAUAACCUUAUUUCUUCCUCAAAUUGGUAUUUGAAAUAUAGCCUAUCAUGUGUUUGUGUGUUGUUGUUUUUUAAAAUAAUGUAAUCACCCUUAAUUCGCCCUAUCCAUCUGACUCUUACAGGUAGGCUUCCUGUCAAUACUUAACAUGGUGAAUAUGUCAGCCAUAUGUGCACCUGUAGAGCUGAGAAUGGAAGCUUUAGCUCUCUCACCUUUUGUUAGUUAAGUAUACUUGUGCGCGUGUGUGUGUGUGUUAAAUAAGUAUUCUACAUAUGGCCACAAAGCACGAUCAGGGAAUGCAUAUGAGAAGUGUGCGUAAAAGCGUGUGGUUGGCAAUCUAUAAUGUAUCUGCACGAGGCUCACCGUGCAGCACGUGCGCAGGCACCUGUCUGGCCCUGCCCACUGCAGUGCACCGUCUCCGUUAAAACGUGCAGGAAACUGGGCAAGUGCACGAGCCACUUUGGCUCUAAACGCCACAGCUAUGCUGCAAUGUGCUCAUGCCUAAAGAUCCAAAAUGGCGGCCAGUUUCCUCAUUCGGCGACUCGUCUGUAGGGUCCCUGCAGAACGGUUGCCGUGGUAACUGCAAACCAGAGCCUCUGUGGUUACGUAAUGCUUACAGCGGACAGUGUUUGUGUUGUGGAAGAGACUGAAAAGAUGACGAUGCAGACUUUGCACAUGGUGCGUCAGUUGAUUGAUGAGGCUGCUGUGCAGCAGAAUUGAUGAAACACUUUUUUUUGUGUGUGUGCAUCAUCGAGACAAAAACUUUACAACCUUUAGCUUAAGGAUAUAAAUAAGUCUACAACCUCCAUGUUUUAUAAUCAUAUAACUCUUAAGCAGGCUGAGCCUAUAGCGACAAAUUCGACUGUAAAGUUGCUGAAAAAAAUGACCUCAGUGUUUCUGCGGCAGGAGAGAGAGAGACAAAACAGAACAAAUGAGUGUGAGUGCGUGCAUGCGCGCAUGUGUGUGUGUUUGGGGAGGCGAGAGAGGAAGCUACAGAGAGGCAGGGAUGGGACGGUGCGCAGUUAAUCCAACUUGACUGAAGUUGGGACCUGAGCUUCAUCCCCGCGUCCUUGCGGAGAUGCGGCGGUCAUUGAAAGAGCGCACAUUUGAACAAUAAUCUAGACGGUCACUGUUGGAAAAGUCAAGAUGACAAUACCGAAAGACAUCCCGGAGAAAUGGUUUCCACUCGUCCUUUCCCUAAAAAGAAAGAAACAGAAAGGACUAAAUGGAGCCAAAUCGAAAAAGAGGUGUACAGAGGAGGAGAGGAGGGUCAGAGCCAAUGACAGAGAGUACAACGAAAAGUUUCAGUACGCGAGUAACUGCAUUAUGACAUCCAAGUACAACAUUGUCACCUUUCUGCCCGUCAACUUGUUUGAGCAGUUCCAGGAAGUAGCCAACACCUACUUCCUUUUCCUGCUCAUACUGCAGCUAAUACCUCAGAUCUCCUCCCUCUCCUGGUUCACUACCAUUGUGCCUUUAGCUCUCGUGCUGACCAUCACCGCAGUAAAGGAUGCCACAGAUGACUAUUUUCGUCACAAGAGUGACAACCAAGUGAACAACCGUCAGUCUCAGGUCCUCAUCCGUGGCUCGCUACAGAAUGAAAAGUGGAUGAACGUUCGAGUGGGUGAUAUCGUCAAACUGGAAAACAAACAGUUCGUGGCAGCUGACCUGCUCCUGUUGUCCAGCAGCGAACCUCAUGGACUCUGUUACAUUGAGACAGCCGAGCUAGAUGGAGAGACCAAUAUGAAGGUUCGUCAGUCUGUCUCAGUGACAUCUGAACUUGGAAACCAGAACAACUUGGCUUCAUUCGACGGUGAGGUGGUGUGUGAACCCCCCAACAACAAGCUGGAUCGUUUCUGUGGGACUCUGUACUGGAGAGACAAGAAAUACACCCUGACGAACCAGAACAUGCUGCUACGAGGAUGCGUCCUCCGCAACACGGAGGCCUGCUACGGCCUGGUCAUCUUCGCAGGCCCAGAUACCAAGCUAAUGCAGAACAGCGGUCGCACCAAGUUUAAGCGUACGAGCAUUGAUCGCCUGAUGAACACUCUGGUCCUCUGGAUCUUUGGCUUCCUGGUGUGUAUGGGUGUGAUCCUGGCUGUGGGUAACGCAGUGUGGGAGAGAGAGGUUGGCUCCCUGUUUCAGAGCUAUCUGCCCUGGGACCCCCCUGUGGACAACUUCCUGUUCUCGGCCUUCCUCUCCUUCUGGUCUUACGUCAUCAUUCUCAACACCGUGGUGCCUAUCUCUCUGUAUGUCAGUGUGGAGGUAAUAAGGCUGGGUCACAGCUACUUCAUUAACUGGGACCAGGACAUGUUCUGCUCACUGUGUAACACAGCAGCUGAGGCCAGGACCACCACUCUGAACGAGGAGCUGGGCCAGGUUGAAUACAUCUUCAGUGACAAGACUGGAACUCUCACUCAGAACAUCAUGAGCUUCAAUAAGUGCUCCAUCAAUGGACAGACUUACGGGGAAGGAACGGACCCGUUGGCACCUCAGCCAAAGAGAUUGGACUUCACCCUCUUCAACCCCCUGGCGGACCUGGACUUCUGUUUCUAUGACGACACCCUGCUGGAAUCAGUGAAAGUGGGAGACGCACACACUCACAAGUUUUUCCGCCUGCUAUCCCUCUGCCACACCGUUAUGAGUGAGGAGAAGAGCGAGGGAGAGCUGGUUUACAAGGCUCAAUCGCCAGAUGAGGGGGCUCUAGUGACAGCAGCUCGAAACUUCGGCUUUGUGUUUCGCUCCCGAACACCUGGGACGAUAACUACGACAGAGAUGGGACGACCUGUCACCUACACUCUGCUUGCCAUACUGGACUUCAACAACAUACGCAAGAGGAUGUCUGUUAUAGUGCGUAACCCAGAGGGUCGAAUCCGUCUGUACUGUAAAGGAGCUGACACUGUGCUGCUGGAGAGACUUCACCCCUGUAACCAGGAACUAACCAAUGUCACCUCGGACCACCUCAAUGAGUAUGCAGCCGAUGGUUUGCGGACGCUGGCGCUGGCCUACAGGGACCUGUCAGAGGACGAGUGGGAGGCAUGGUCAGAGAGCCACCGCUACGCUGACAAGGCCGUCAGCUGCAGAGAGGAACGACUGGCAGACGCUUAUGAGCAGAUAGAACAAGACAUGAUGCUCCUGGGUGCCACAGCUAUAGAGGACAAGCUGCAGGAAGGCGUCCCAGAGACCAUCGCUGUCCUCUCUCUGGCUAACAUUAAGAUCUGGGUUCUCACUGGAGACAAACAGGAGACAGCUGUCAACAUAGGCUAUUCCUGCAAGAUGCUUACAGAUGACAUGACCGAGGUGUUCAUCAUCUGUGGACACACUGUCCAGAGUGUACGGCAGGAGCUCGGGAGGGCGAGGGAAAGGAUGAUCGAGCUGUCAAGAACCCGAGAUGGAGGGAAGGAGGAGGGGAUGGAGGGAUGUUUCAUGGGUAACGGGUUCAGAGAAGGACAAGAAGGAGAUGGUACGGGAGGAAGAGAAGGAGGGAAACAGCUGCAGUGCCCUCCUCCUUCCUCCAACCUCAUGGACAACAUCUCUGGAGAGUUUGCCCUCGUAAUCAACGGACACAGUCUGGCCCACGCACUAGAAGCAGACAUGGAGACGGAGUUUGUGUCGACAGCGUGCGCGUGCAAAGCAGUGAUCUGCUGCCGAGUCACCCCGCUGCAAAAAGCUCAGGUGGUGGAGCUCAUCAAGAAACACAAGAAGGCCGUCACUCUGGCUAUAGGAGACGGAGCUAAUGACGUUAGCAUGAUCAAAAGUGCUCAUAUCGGAGUUGGUAUCUCAGGUCAGGAGGGGAUCCAGGCUGUGCUGGCCAGUGACUACUCCUUCUCCCAGUUCCGCUUCCUACAGCGCCUGCUGUUGGUGCACGGCCGCUGGUCCUACCUGCGCAUGUGCCGCUUCCUCUGCUACUUCUUCUACAAGAACUUUGCCUUCACCAUGGUGCACUUCUGGUUUGGCUUCUUCUGUGGCUUCUCUGCACAGACCGUGUAUGAUCAGUACUUCAUCACUCUCUACAACAUUGUCUACACCUCCCUCCCUGUGCUGGCCAUGGGGAUAUUUGACCAGGAUGUUCCUGACCAGAGGAGUCUGGAGUAUCCUAAACUGUAUGAGCCGGGGCAGCUCAACCUCCUCUUCAACAAGAGAGAGUUCUUCAUCUGCAUCGCCCAGGGCAUCUACACGUCAGUGGUGCUGUUUUUUGUCCCCUGUGCAGUUCUGUCCGACGCCACUCAGAGCACCGGAGUGCCCCUCGCUGACUACCAGACCUUUGCAGUCACCACAGCAACAGCCCUGGUCAUUGUGGUCAGCGUACAGAUCGCUCUUGACACAGGCUUCUGGACUGUUAUUAACCAUGUGUUUGUGUGGGGCUCUCUGGGCCUCUUCUUCUCCAUCAUGCUCGCUCUGCACAGUCAGACCCUCUUCAUGAUCUUUCCCAAUCAGUUCCACUUUGUAGGUAGUGCCCAGAUCACAUUGUUGCAGCCAGUCGUGUGGUUAACUAUUGCGCUGGCGACAGCAAUAUGCAUAGUUCCAGUUUUGGCAUUCCGCUUCCUUAAGGUGGACCUCAAACCUCAGCUCUCAGACACGGUGCGCUACACUCAGCUGGUGCGGCAGAAGAAGCGAAAACCGGUAGAUCGUAGCGAGGGAGGUGCCUGCCGUGGGUUGGGCAGUGUGUCAGAGGGCCGUCUGGGUGCUCGUGGCGGUUCUAGAAGGUCAGGCUACGCCUUUGCCCACCAGGAAGGAUUUGGAGAGCUGAUCACUUCAGGAAAGAACAUGAGGCUCUCGUCUCUGGCCCUGGCCAACUUUGCCUCCAGACACAGCUCCGGCUGGAUCGACACGCUCCGCAGGAAGAAACCUACGCACGCUCACACAACUCCCAGCGCCUCCGGGGAGAGCAGCCCAGCACCCAGUUGUGUGUCUGGGUCAGUUCCGCCGCUCUCAAACUCCUCCUCUGUUCUGGGCGGCUCACAAGAUACACCCAUCGAGGAGGAGACAGGUGCAGCACCAGCCCAAAAUACACAGACUGUUCCCGCUUUAUCCACACAAACCCCAUCAGCUUCAGAAGACGCCGCACCUCAGGGUUCAGCCCAGGCCGUGGAUGCUGGCGUCCUUACCCCCGCAGCAGUGAGGUCCCGUGGGGGAGACUCACCUGGAGGCUGGACGAUCACUCUGGGCUCCAUGCAGGAAGCUCUGUUUGGUUGGAAGGCUCGGGCCACUGCAUCCAACAGCCCCCGCCCACCCUCUGUUCCCAUGGAAAGCAGCCAGAUUGAAUGAAACAUUCAGAACGAAUGGAGGAAUACCUUGUCCACUACUGUCCAUCACAUGUUUGCACACACAUAUAGGAUGUGUUGCCUGCUUUCCUGGAGAGAUACUGAGACAUAGAGAGCAGACUGUUAUAAAAAGCUGCCCAGUCAGUUCUCUCUGUUUCCAAACUGAAGCUUCGUUAAUAAGUCAAAUAAAUCUAAAUCAUAGGCAGAAGUGGCAUGGACCUUGUCAAACUAUAAAUUGGGAUUCAAUGGUGAUAUACAUGUUCCCACGCCAUAUAAUUACUGUUCAUGAAUGACUAGAAUAUCAUGAGAUUUACAGUAUUUCAAUAAAGGAAAUCAGCGGGUGCAGAAACAGGUAACGUCCUAUUAAUGAUGUAAAAGAUUGUUUCCACUUAUAAUUUCAAGUUAAGCCUCGCUCACAACCAAGCUCCCCUCAAAAUCAACAAUGGGUUGUAUGAAUGAGCUGAAUAACAAGACUUUUAAUCAGUGCAGUGCAGGCAUUUUUUGUAAAGGUGUUUUUGUUCACGAUAGUUCUCAGUGAGAACGGUGCUUUAUGUUACAGGACACUGCAAAACUGGUGCAGGACUUGUGUCCUUUAUCUCCCAUUGAUUUUGUCUUCCUUGUUAUACCUUUACUUCAAAUGUUUUCCUUUUCUUUUUGCAUCAUAUUGAUGUGUUUUAUAAUGGUCUAGUUGAGUUGCACUUAAAGCAAGCUGUCAGUGCUUUUUCUCCUCUUUGCAGGUUUUUUGUUUUGUUUUGGUCUGACAAAGGGCCGAAUCAUGUUGACAAACUGCCACAAGCUUACUUUAGGUUAGACCUUGGGCAAAGUGCAAAAGAAAAGGCAGUAACAGACAUUUAAAGGUGAUUUGUCAAAACCGUCAUUUCAAUGAAGUGCUUUAAAUUUGUCCAUGCAUAAAGGGAAGGUGUUUGUGGAUGAUUAUGCCUUAACAAUGCCUCCAUUUUGGUCUUCUAAAGCUCUUCUGGUUCCUGAUCCAUCAAUCAAGUACAACAUCCCGUCUGUGUUGCAAAUGCUACUGUGAAUUACGGACCCUUACCCAAGUUGGAGUGAGAUAAUAAGUAAGUAGGGUAACCAGAGGAACAAUAUAAACGUGCUCCAGGAUCAGUCCCUUCUAUUGCAGUCUUCAACAAAGUAGCUUUCAGACUGAAAACACCACAUUAUGCUAAUAUGAGCUGCAGAAACAAGGACAGAAAUGAAUGUACUGUUGAACUGGUGGUCAAUAAACUUGUCAUCUUUCUUUCAAAUGAGAGAAUCAAA